CUAUGCAAUAAUUCAAUUGUAACUAUGUACACCUUCAUUCAUUUUCUGUUCACCUACAUUAAUUAACACUACAAAGAAAUAAAUUUCAAGUUCUCCCUUAUUUCCUAUUACAAAACCAUCUUUCUAUUUAAGAUAUUUGAAUAUUCAGCUCAAUCAAUGAUCGUAGAUGAAUCGGUCAAAUUGUUUUCAAAACGUUGACUUGAUUACAAAAGUGACCAACGGUGAUUAUUAAUGGGUAACUUAAAGAGUAAAUUUGAACGAACAGUUAUAACUGAGGUUAUUAAAGGUGUAAGUACGACAAUAUUUGAAAAAGGAGAGUGCUGUAAGUAAGUCUACUUCCACCUUGAUCCUAUCUCAUCUUCGUUUCAAUUAUGAAAAGAAUUACGAAGAACAAUCGGAAAAAGAAGGGGCUAGACGGGUGUGGCUGUGAGGUUACAACUACCUCAAUCGGAGUUCGUUGGGACCUAUAAAUGUUUAAGUUUGACGGGUCUGGCAGCUUUCCUGUCGGUCGUACUGGGGUUUUAAGAAGAAAAUAUCAAGGGAAUCUCAAUGUAUUUUGUUUGUACCACAAACAAAAUAAUUUUGGAUGAGAUAGCUACUUAUUAUUUUAAAACUUUAAGCUAUUAAAUUGAUGUGCUGUUUAAUAUUAAAAUACUUCAUCAUUUCCAAUCAUGCUUAAUUUGGUAUUUUUGCUUAGUUGUAAAUGUGGAAAUAUUUCAUUGGAAAGGCAAAUAGCAAUUUGGAAAGACUCACUAGACUUCCAUUUGUCCUAUGUGACAUGGCCAUUGCUAACAUUAACAAUUUCUUAUAUAUUUUAUUUUUAAAUCUUAUUAAUUUUAAUUUUAGUUUUCCAUUUCUUCUUUGGUUUUUUUUUUUUUUGGUGCUAACGAGAGUAAGCAGUGACCCUUGCCAGCCUCGAAGGCCUCGCCUAGACUAGGCAAGGGCCGCCUUGACCAAGGUCGAUAGGGCUAUGAAGGCCUAGGCUAGGCCAUCUUGGCCAUGACUAAGGGCCUUUGCGGCCUUGCCGGCCACAAGCAAGGUAGCCCUCCCCCAAAUCUGGCGAGGGCCACCUCCCCCUAACCUGGAUUGGUGGCGAUAUGAAGCCCUCACCUAGGGACAUCGCGGCCUCCUUGGCUGAAGGUUGUAGGCAAGGGCAUGAAGGGCCUUUGCCAAAUCUGAGUGAGGGCCGCCUUGCCUAGUCAAUGGGGUCAUGAAGGCUCUUGCCAGAUCUAGGCAAGGGCUACCUUGCCCUCGCUCAAGGAGGCUGUAAUAAAUUUAGAACUCAAUCAGCAAAAUUGAAAUAUUUAUUAUUUAAUUAGCAAAAAUAUAAUAUAUUUAAGAUUUUUGGAGAAUUUUCCCGUCCAUGAGCUCAAAAUCAUGUGUGUCUUUGCGUAUUCAGAUUAAUGACGGGCUAUAAUUUAACUUGAACGAGCAAACUAAUCCACAAAACAUAAGCUCGAAGAUGGGGACAUAUACAGACUUAUGUGAAAAUUCUACAACAUAUAACAAAAAUUAACAAAAUCACACCGAGCGUCAACUGAUCAGCUUUCCCUUCGGUCCGUCCCGAUCGGCCAUGGACGUAAUUGGGCCAUGUUACAUAAAAGUGGCGCAUGAAGUUGGUGGGAGCACUUAAUGCAAGAGCAGAAGUUCUAUAAAAGAGGUCGUGCAUGUAUAAUUGGAGUGCAAAGGAUCUUGUAUUCACUAGAAAGAACAAGUCUGGCAAAAGCAGAGUAGGAGAAAUGGCUUCCAAACCAGGAAUUCUCACCGACUGGCCCUGGAAGCCCCUGGGGAGCUUCAAGUACGUGAUUUUGGCGCCAUGGGCGGUUCACGGCACGUACCAAUUCAUUGCGAAAGGGCCUAGCGAGAGGGACUUCUCCUACUUCCUCAUAUUCCCAUUUCUUUUGAUGAGGAUGCUUCACAAUCAGAUCUGGAUCUCCCUUUCUCGCCACCGAACUGCUAAAGGCAACAACCGGAUCGUUGACAGAGGCAUCGAUUUCGAGCAGGUGGAUCGAGAAGGCAACUGGGAUGACCAGAUCUUGCUCAAUGGGGUUCUAUUUUACAUGGGUCGCAUGACAAUCCCUCAAGCCUCUCACUUGCCACUUUGGAAAACAGACGGUGUGAUCAUCACUAUCCUGAUUCAUGCUUUGGUCGUGGAAUUCCUAUAUUAUUGGCUUCACCGAGCUCUACACCAUCAUUUUCUCUACUCUCGCUAUCACUCCCACCACCACUCCUCCAUUGUCACUGAGCCAAUCUCAUCCGUAAUUCAUCCGUUUGCAGAACACAUGGCGUAUUUUAUGCUGUUCAUGAUACCCUUGUUCACGACGUUGUUCUCGAGAACUGCUUCAAUAGCAUCCUUUGCCGGUUACAUCAUGUACAUUGAUUUCACGAACAACAUGGGUCACUGCAACUUCGAGCUCAUCCCAAAUUGGCUCUUCACCGUCUUUCCACUUCUCAAGUACCUAAUGUAUACUCCAUCGUUCCACUCUUUGCACCACACCCAAUUUCGGACAAACUACAGCCUUUUCAUGCCUAUUUACGACUACAUAUACCGAACGAUGGACCAAUCAUUAGACACUACGUACGAGACAUCCCUUCAGAGAGUGGAAGAUAGACCAAAUGUGGUUCAUCUAACGCACCUGACGACACUAGACUCGAUCUAUCAUCUUCGAUUGGGCUUCAACUCCCUCGCAUCUCGGCCCAACUCAUCCAAGUGGUACCUGUGGUUCAUGUGGCCACUCUCGCUCGCCUUCAUGGUGUGGACCUGGAUGUACGGCCACUCUUUCGUAUUGGAGAGGAACGCCUUCAAGAAACUCAAGUUGCAAUCUUGGGUGAUUCCAAGAUACAAUUUCCAAUAUCUAUUACAAUGGCGAAGAGAAGCCAUCAAUGGCUUGAUAGAAGAAGCUAUACUGGAAGCUAACCAGAAAGGAGUCAAGGUUCUGACUUUGGGUCUUCUCAAUCAGGGAGAAGGAUUGAAUGGGAAUGGUGAAUUGUACAUUCAAAAGCACAGAGCUUUGAGGAUCAAGUUGGUGGACGGGAGUAGCUUGGCAGUGGCAGUUGUGCUCCAUAGCAUUCCCAAAGAAACAAGCCAAGUCCUCCUCAGAGGCAACCUUAACAAGCUUACGUAUGCCAUUGCCCAUGCUUUAUGUGCAAGGGACAUCCAGGUAUAUGUCGCUUCUAAGGAUGAGCAUGAGAAGCUCAAAAGGAGUCUCGAUGGAAAGUACGGAGGCAAUUUGAUCCUUUCGAGAACUUUUUCUCAAGAGAUAUGGUUGGUAGGAGAUGGACUUGCCGAAGAAGAACAGAAAAAGGCACCCAAAGGAACGUUGUUCAUACCCUUUUCUCAAUUCCCGCCGAAGCAAAUCCGCGAAGAUUGCCUUUACCACAGCACUCCAGCAAUGAUCGCUCCCCAGUCGUUCGAUAAUUUGCACUCCUGUGAGAAUUGGUUGCCGAGGAGGGUGAUGAGUGCUUGGCGAGUGGCGGGGAUAGUGCAUGCGUUAGAAGGAUGGAACAUGAAUGAGUGUGGAAGCAUGAUGUUCGACAUAGAGAAAGCAUGGGAAGCAAGCCUCCAACACGGGUUCCGUCCGCUGGCGCUCCCAGCCAUGUGAAGCAGCAAGGGACUCAAAAAUAAAGAAGGGGCAUUAGGAUUUGGGGUUACAUCAAUAUAGAGCUUCUUCUACCUGUCUCGAAAGAUGAUGAAAAUUUGUUCUUGUAACGAUUUGAGCAUU